CAGAGGGGAGUAAUGCCGCCUCUGGGAGUAAGAAUAAAGGGAAAGAAAGAGCCCGCGAAGAAUGAAGCAAAAAAGUUCAAUAAAAUACAAUCCAAAAAGGGAAGUUAUGAAAAAUUUACUGAUAAAGAAAAAAAAGAGUUUGAGGAGUUAGAGAGAAAAAUAAGCCAAGCACAAGAAAUUAGGAAAAGGAUUAUAGAACUAAAAAAAGAACUUGAUUUGGGCAAUAGUGAGGAGGAGGAAAAAGCUAUCAAAAUAGAAAUCGAGCAACAAAUUAACCGGACUAACCAGUUAAUAGAAAAAGCAGCUUUGUUCGACGAAAAAAAAGUAGAAGAAGUUUUAAAUGCGGUAGGUGAAGAGGUAUACCGAUAUUAUGAAAAACAGCAAAAUGACAAUAUAACGAGAGCUACGCGUCAAGUUAACGACCCAAUUUUAGGAUUAUUAGCAAUGAUAGGUGAUAUAUCAAGAUUAUGGUCUCCCGUCCGCGAACAUUUUCAUAAUGAGUGA